CUUGACUUGCCCAUAUUGGAGUUCUACAUAAACCCAGCUAAGAUUGAGCUAUACUCAACAAUAACAAACAACUCUUUUCUCUCUCUUUUUUGUUUCUUUCUCUUUCUCUCUCUAAAAGACUCUGUAAAGCUGGUGAGUUUGAAGGAAAACGGAAAUGGCAGAUGUGCUAAGUGAAGAACAGAUUGUUGAGUUUAAAGAAGCAUUUUGUCUGUUCGAUAAGGAUGGAGACGGUGAGUUUCCUGAUAAGUCCUCAAUUCUUGGUUGCAUUACAGUAGAAGAAUUGGCAACAGUAAUUCGGUCUCUGGAUCAAAACCCCACAGAGGAAGAGCUUCAAGGCAUGAUUAGUGAAGUUGAUGUUGAUGGAAAUGGGACCAUUGAGUUUGCAGAAUUCUUGAACUUAAUGGCCAAGAAAAUGAAGGAAACUGAUGCUGAAGAGGAGCUUCGAGAGGCUUUCAAAGUAUUUGACAAGGAUCAGAAUGGGUACAUAUCUGCUAGCGAGUUGAGGCAUGUAAUGAUCAAUCUAGGAGAAAAAUUAACAGAUGAAGAGGUUGAGCAGAUGAUCAGAGAAGCUGAUUUGGAUGGUGAUGGUCAAGUUAAUUAUGAUGAAUUUGUUAAGUUGAUGAUGACCAUUGGAUGAAAAUACUAUAUUUGUAUCAAUUUCACUAUGAUCGUAGGAAAUUAUUCUCAUUCAAAUUCUUUCAAUUUCAACUUCAUUUUCAGUACAAUUAAUGUAUGUUUUUUGUUAUCUUAUUGUAUGCAAUGAUAUUUUUAAUUUUAUUAAAUGAAUAUUCUAUUGUCAA